CCCAUAUCUUUAUACCAAUCUGUUGGAGGUUAAAGCGGUCACAGAUAAUGAUAGAUUGUUGCCUAUAAAUGCACUACACAGGAGGGACUAAGUGAGCUAAACAAUCAUCAGACAUCACAUCAUGGCAUCAAGAUUUCCAGAAGGAAACCAAGUUCAACUCCGACCAAGAAAAGGUCAUGACAUGAAAUGGUCAUGUGACAAGCAUGGUGAGCCAAUCAAAUUUUACUGUAAGAAACACAAAAUUCCUAUAUGUCAUCCAUGCGCUACCAAAGAUCACAGUCAGAAACCAUGUGAGCUAGACGACAUCGAAGAUGUCAUCUUCGAAAGGAGGAGACAGCUAGAUGAAAAACGGCCAAAAGUUCAAGGACUUCACAAACAAUUGGAAGCCCUCAGCACGAAAAUAAAGACUGUGUCAACGUCUGGAAGUACUCAUCUUCGGACAAUUAACAACAACAUUCAAGAUUCAUAUCACGACAAGAUCAAAUCUGUUGGAGAAAAGGAGAACAGGAUGAUAAGGGUUAUUAACGAGGAGGCAGAUGAGGAAAUAAGACUAGUAAAUGAGAAGAGAGAAAAAAGGAUCAAGGAUUGCAACACCGAGAGAGAAAAUGAGCGACAAAUCAUCAAAGACAAAGAAGCAAAACUUCUAUCAGAUGCAAAGAAAAUCAGCGAAGUCAUUUCUAAGAAGAUCAAAGAUCUGACUGAUAAGAAUCAGCAUGUAAUAAACACUGUAGAGAACAUUGAAUCAACCUUUAAACGUAUAAACCAACAUGAUGAAACACUGGUGAAUGAAGCUCCGCAAGUACUUGCAUCUAUUGAUGAAAAUUUAAGUUUGAAUGUUCAUCAAGAUGUUAGCGACUGCCUUGACCGAAUACAGAAUGAAGUUGAGAGAAUGAAGUUUGUAGAGGGGGAAGUAGGUGGAGAAUACUAUGGUAGAAUUGAUGGGUAUAUCGGUAAAUGGGAACUUGUCAAAUCAAUUCACAUUCCAUCGGUUGUUAGUAAGCCGAGUGUGCAUGGUUUAGUCAGUGAUGAUGAGAUAUGUGUGCGAGACGUAGGUAACAAAGACGUGUAUAUUACAAACAUCAACACUCAACACACAGAGAAAGUCAUUGAUGGAGGUGUGUUGAUUACAUCAUGUGCGCCCAUAGACAGUAACGUAAUAGUAUGUGGUAAGGUGAGAGGUGGUUGCACGGGUGACAGGUUGAAUGGAUGCAUCACUCUCUAUGACAGACAAUGGAAGGUGAUUAGAGACAUCAGCAUACCAAGGAAUGGAUACGAUCGUGUGUAUGUUGAUGUUGAUAGGGAUGGGAUGAUCAUCGCUGGUCAGUUAGAUCAGUCUAAUAUCUACGUCAUCAAUCCUGCUGAUGAUAAGAUAGUAAACACUAUUACGAUGCAGGGUAAGGAGGUGUGGGAUGGGAUACAAGACUUGUCAUCAGGUGAUAUCGUUGUGAGGACAGUUAAUAAUGAAUACACUGUCAUCUCACGAUCAGGAGAAGAAAAGACUGUCAUACACUGUGAUGAGUGGGUAUCGUCCCGGUGUCGCGUUGACAAACUGACAGACACACUCUACAUCACGUACAGGGAUGAAGCGCGUAAGACAUACUCAGUUGAUCAGGUGUCACGUGAUGGUAUCAUCCAGGCAAGGAGGAUCGUGGAAUACGAGCAAUCAGAUCGCACUAACUUCAUGAGCCCUUGUCUCGUUACUCCUACUGGUAACUUUAUAGGGUGUGAUGGAGACAAACUUCUUAUCUACAAGAAGACAUACAUCUUGUAAAUCAUCUAGACUAUCAAAGGAAUGAUAUCGGAUUUGUAAGAGAAAUAUAGA